AUGGAUUCGAUGUAUCAGUGGAUCCAAGCUCAGCAUCCCCAGCAGCAGCAGCAGCAGGCCCCGAUGCUGCAGGAGACGUCGUCCGCCCACAAUCCCCUUCAUGAGCAACAAAGACCGCCUUCCACGAGCAUGGGCGAAUCAGGUGCUUCCAAUGGCGCCCCAAACUCGGCCGCAGAAGCACCCCAGCCCAUCGAAAUCGAUGAUUAUGGCUCUCUGGGGCUCGGAGCGCCGGCAUCGUACUCGUCGUCUUUCGGAGCAUCCCAACCUUCGUCGGCCACGGCCACCUCCUUUUCGCAUUCCCCGUACCCGAGUCACCCUGGGUUCUUCUAUUCCGCCGCCCCCUUCAAUACCAUCGCGUACGGUUCAUCAUGGGGCUCGUUGCCAAUAUCAAGUUUCUCUACGUUGAAUGGAGCAAAUCCAGGUGCCACGAUCCCUUCUUCCUCGCAGCAGCAACAGCAGCAACCACAACAACAGCAACGGUCACAGCAGCCCAUGCACACGUCACAAUCCCCUCCGAUGGUGAUUGAUCCUGCUCUGACCAAUGGCGCAAGCUCCUCAACACUGACAUAUUCGCAGCCGAGCGCGAGUGUGCCCUCAUCCCAAUCACCUUCCCAACUCCAGCAGCAGCAACAGCAACAGCAGUUGCAGCAACGGGCCUCAGCGUAUCUGCAAGCGUACAAUCUGCAUCCUUACCUACAGCAUUAUGCACAACAGCUACAGAACCACACACAAUCCCAGGGCACUCUGUCGCCUCAGGUCCUCCAGUCCCCGUCGAUAUCAAAUCCCCAGUCAUCGCUGACAGCCGCCAACUUCUACGCCCCUUCCCCGCCCAUUUCUUCGUCGACAUCGGGAUCAUCAACAUCCACUUCUGCCACGAUCGUACCUCCGACCCUCACGCCUCAGGAACGCAAGCAGCAAUUCCAAGCGGUCCUCAAGCCCCUCCUAGUUUCAUCUGCAUUUACAGGCGCCCAAGCAGUUAACAGCCUCAUGGAUCAUAUCGAAGAUUACGGCCCCACCAACGUGGACCAUGAUGUGCGUUUGGAAAUACUCACGAAGAUAAGAGAUGGUGCCGGCAACCACUACUUCCGUGCCUGGGCUGAAAAUCCUUUUGCCAUGGAUGUUACUCGGAAAUGGCUCUGGUCAGCCAUCUCGGCUGCAAAGACGGGCGAUCCGCUUUCCGAAACUACCAUGCCGCUCCUCCAUCUUCUUGAUCGACUGCCACUGACGGUAGAGCUAUUGAAAACCUCCAAGCUCGGUAAGGUCAUCGUCAAGAUUAGCAAGGAAGACUUUUCAGCUGCGAUCAAGGACAUGGCUUCGAAUAUUGAACGGAGAUGGCGUCUCUUAAUAUCGCCCCCAGACGCGGCAAAGCCACCCGAAAACAUAAAAUCAGAGGAUUUCAAGGUGAAGAAACGCAAGCUCAGUGAACCCCCGUCAUCCAAAUCGGUGCCUCCCCAGAAGAAGCCGGCCACGGGAACUUCGUCAUCGGUCAAACCAAUGGUAAAGAAGGAAGUCAAGCCUGCGGUUUCUGCGGUCAAGGACGCCAAAUCUGAUUCCUCUUUCUUCUCCGCGCCGAAGCCGAAGCCUAAACUACCGAGUUUCAAGAAGGCCCCCCCUGCUGCUGUGGUCAAGAAGGAACCAGAUACGAAUGUAGCUCAGCCCUCUUCUAUAGAUCCUUUUCAGGAGGCUCUGAAGUUCAUGGCCAAGGGCCGUAAAGAGUCACCAAGCACUCAAACACCGCCUCCCGCUUCCGCCACACCAGUGGACACCCCCCUCCAACCCUUGAACUCUUCCAAAUCUACAAAGAAGCGAAAAAGCGUCACAUGGGCUCCGGAUGGCCAGCUUGAGAAUAUACGUCUCAUUGAGAAAGCCAUUUACGAUGACGAUCCAGUAGAUGGUGCGCAUGUCUUGCACAGCAAUUUGCGCGAACUGGAGCGGGGCGAGGGAGCUGCGUUGCACACGCAUAUUUUUGAAGAAACUGUAGACUGGUCUGAACCCAUCCUGAUCGAUUUCUCUUCAACAAUCGUUCCACCCUUGCGAGGACAGGAAAGCGAAGAGCGAGAGGUGCAGGAGAAGCGCGAACAGACCGUCUUGGGUGCUGUGUACAUGGCGCCUCAACACAUCCCGGACACACCAGGCGAGCCGUCGCAAGUAUUACCCGAAGAGGAAGUUAUCAAAGACAUGGCAACGAUGACCUGUGGUCCCGAAGCUGAUGCUAUAUUUUGGGCACCAGAACCGGAGGUCCCUCCUACUAGCACCGUGAGCGAUCUCCUGGGGCAGAUUAGCUCGGGAGUGGGGAUGGACUAUUCCCAGCCGCCCGAGAAUGGUGGUGGUGCUGAGCUAGGUGGUGCACAAUUCAAUUUCGAGCAGAUAGCAGCUAUUGCCCAACAGAUGCCUCAACUGCAGUCCCUCCUGCAGCAGCUCGGGAAUAACCAACCCGCACAGCCAUAUGGAAAUGUCGAUCAGGCGUGGAAUAAUACGUAUUCCGAAUUUGGGCAAGGGUAUCAUGAUGAGGAUACGCGUGACCAAUGGCCAUCCGAAAGGGGGCGCGGUCGUGGGCGAGGCAGAGGCAGAGGCAGAGGAGAGGACGGCGGACAUAGACACAAUAAAAAGCGAAUUUGCAGUUUCUAUGCGGCUGGAAGAUGUCGGUAUGGGGAUCAAUGUGACUUUAUACAUGAAACCCCGAACGGUACCAUGUACUGA